GGUCACCUCGUCCGCGUCGUCCCCCGCGGCCCCGUCGGUGGCGGUGAGCUCGAUGGCCGCGGCCUCCAUGCCCCCGGCGCCCGUGUCCCCGGCCGUGGCGCCUCCCCCGCCCACGUCGUCGCCGGCCAGGGGCCACCACCACCACCACCAUCACCACCACAACCCCGCGACGGCGCAGCCCUCGACGACGCACCACCAGCACCCGUCGACCGCCGCCGGGGCGAUGCAGAGCCACAGCGCCCACCUGGGCGGCGUCUGGGGACAGGCGGUGCGGGGGUCGCCCGACACGGCGGCGGCGGCGGCUGCAGCCGCAGCCGCGGCCGCGGCCCAGUACUCGAGCCCGGCGCCGGCGCACGGACACCUGGCCGCGCACCACGCGAGGUUCGCCUUCCAGGGAGCAUCCGGCGUGACGAGCGUGGCGGCGGCGUCGUGCCGGGAAGCCCCCUCUGCGUACCUGAGCCGGGCGGCCAACGGACUGGGCUCGUACGCCUACAUGGGCACCGACGUGGCGCCUUGGGUCGGCGUCGAGUCCGGCCUGUCCUCCAUCCAGGGAGGAGCCGUCGGCUCACCUUUCGCAAGAAUCACUGACUCGUCGGACUAUGCGGGGUUCGGUGAAGCCCGAGAGUGCGUCAACUGCGGUGCCAUCUCCACGCCCUUGUGGCGCAGGGAUGGCACCGGCCACUACCUGUGCAACGCCUGUGGCCUCUACCACAAGAUGAACGGCUCCACCAGACCCUCUGCGAAGCCACAACGAAGAAUGGUACUGCUACCAACUACUUCCCGCCGAGCUGGUCUUUGCUGCUCGAACUGUGGUACCACGGCCACUACCUUGUGGAGGCGGAACAACGAAGGAGAGCCUGUCUGCAAUGCCUGUGGGCUCUACUUCAAGCUUCACAAUAUAAACCGGCCCUUGGCAAUGCGAAAGGAGAGCAUCCAGACUCGCAAGCGCAAGCCCAAAAGCAAGAGCACUCCCGAUGGCAAAGGGCCACCAGGACCUGAGAACCUUUGCAUUUCCACUAAAGUGGAGAAGGAGGAGCCUUUAGAGCCGAAAGGAUCAGAGGACGAGGAAGCCCUGCAGCGACUGGCUUUGUGCUCCUCAACUCAUUCUACAAGCAGCACCUCUUCGCGCUCCUCACUGAGCAUCCUCCCCAUCCAGGACAGCAAAGGACCCUGGAAUGCAUACGACGAUUACGAAGGCACCAGUCACAGUGAUGGUGGCACGGACAAGAACUCUGACCCUGCCCGCAUAAUGGAUCUGGCCUCCCAAACGGGGCCAAUGUCUGGCCAACAUUGACCGACGUAGGUCCUGCAUGGCCUCCCUCCAACGUCGGACAUGCAUUGGCCCUGCAUAUUGUGCUGCUAAGGAUGAUGAAGUCUUCGGCCGUGCUGUGCAUAAUUCGGGCUCUGCAUCUCAACUGCUCUCUCCUUGUCUCGUUUCUUGAAGAGUUUCAAAAUUUUCUCUUUUCCCGCCUCCCUCUUUUCAAUUUUAAAGCGUGAUGCAUUUUUGAGCAGCACUUUUGUGCGGUGACAGUGAGGCGUGUGUGUGUUUGUGCACGUCUAUGCAUGUGUUUUUAUUUGUGUGCAUGUGUGUGUGUGUGCAUGUAUGUGCCUGCGUUCCUGCGAGGAAGGAUAGCAGCCUAGCCACUGCAACUGCCUCUUUAGUUUUUAGGGUUCUUUUUUUUUUCUGCCUGUGUUCACAUUGUGUUCCUUGUUGAACAUAUUACCUUAGGCACUGUCUUAUAACAUUUAUGUUAUGGCACUGUGCUACAUACCAGUUGGUUGUGGGAGCGUUUUAGAAGGCUCUUCCAUGUGAGUGUAGUUAGCACCAUAUAGCAAUGUUUGCUAAAAGUGAAAUUAGUGUUAAGCAUAGCUUGGCACUGCACAAACUGUCCUGGUAUGUAUAGUGUUUGUUUUCACCUAGUUAGUCUGCUGUUUUGUUGAAGGACCUUUUCUUCGAAUGUGCGGUGUGUGCAUCAUGUCUACAGACAGACUUUAGGACUCUAAAACGACAUCUUUAGUGAGUGCUUUAGCGAGUGACUGUAAUUGCUUUUAGCUGAAAAGGGCAGCACUUUUCUGAGUGUAUUUGUGAAGCCUUGGCAACUUGAGGCUCGGGAUAAUUGCCCGAGUGCACUGCCAAGCCAUUUCCUCUGGCUUGCUGAACCUUUUCGUACGCUUUGCAGGCAGCGGGCGACGCCAUGACAGCCAUGCUUGGCACUAGAACAUUUUUUUUUCUCUAAUCGUGCACCCUGUGUUGCCCUUUUGUCAUGCCUAGUUUUUGUUUUCAAAGACUGAUGGUUUUUGCACCGCCACCAGAACGUAUCCUCAACUGUGAUUUUGUGCGUGGGGAAAAAGCUGGUGGGAGCCUUGAAACAACAAACAGCAUGUCAUGUGCAUGCUUCAAAAAACAUUGCAGCUCUUUUCUGGCACAUCACACACACAGGUGCUGUUGGCAGCUGUGUCAUUUGCUCUCGCAUAGCUGUGGCUGACCUAUUUUUUUAUUAUUUUUUAAAGCACAGCUUUUAGGUGCCCGUUCCUGCGGCGAGUGUAGAAGUUGUCCUAUGGUUUAGCCGAGCGAACGAGCUCAGUGAAAGAUGAGAGCGAACGCAUAGCUCAACAGGGGAUGGAAAAAUUGGCGACAGCAAAGAGGCACGAGGAGGAAAGCGGAGAAGAGGGUGCAGCGGGACCAUGAGGUGGAAAGUGUAGGAGGGUAUGGCGAAAGUGUGAGGAGAAAAACGUAGUGCUGCGCAAGACUUGCGACAAUGGCUACGAGAGGGAGCCAGAGGAGUGCGCCAUCGUCUGUUCACCGACCGCACGCAGCAACCGCGUCGCACGGUACCAUGUAUGAAAACAAGCACUGCAUGAGUAAAGGUCUGUCUGCGUCAACUGCUGUGAAUUGCGCCUAUGCGUCACCCACGCGUCGCCUACACGCUGCCUGUCGUGAUCUCCCGAUUAGUGAGGCAGUGGCGUCACACUGCACUUCGUUUACAAUGUGCCGCACGAGACAGAUUGUCCUCGCCAGCCAGUAUAGCGCGAAAUGAAAACACGUAUAGAGCUGCGCUAAAAUUUUGCAUUAGGGAGUGUGGUAAUCAUCAGCGAAUCUUUUUUUUACAUGAUGUGCGCUGUAAUAUCUAGUAAUUAAAGAAAAUUCCUCAAUGGGCUAGUUGGUUCGACAUAAUGAACGCUGUUGUGCAAAGUGACGAAGGGACAGGACUCGGCGAGGAAAAGAACACAUGACACCUGAGCGCAAACUAAAAUAUGUGAAGCGACGAAGGGACAGGACUUGAGCGAGAAAAGCGACACGUCACCCGAGCGCAAACUAACUGUUGUUAGUUUGCACUCUGGUGUCCUGUGUUUCUCGCUUAAGUCCUGCCCAUUCGUUGCUUUGCACAACAGUAUGAAUUACUUGUAACACCUAGAUUUUUUUUUUUCUUUCUUUUUCUUUAUUGUACCACUAGGGCUCCCCGAGGACAGUUAUCUCAUGUAUCAACUAACUCAAUGUGUGAUGCACUGUAUCUCUGAACUGUUCAUUGCGGGGGACACUCUUGUGUUUUUUUCACAGUGUGCAUGCGAGCGUGUGUAAGUGUGUGUGUGUGUGCGUGCAUGCGUGCAUAUGUAUGUGCGCAUAGCGUGAUGUCGAGUCGCAAAAUAAUGCGUUUAUAGAGAUUUGUGGCAAGCAUAAUAGUAUAUUGCCUUAUGCCUCCAAUGUGUUGCUAAGCUGACACAGGUAUGGGACAGAAUCACCUUUAACUUUCAUCCGUAGUGAUUGCACACGAGGAAGCCAGGCCAUUGCCGCAGUUACUAUGAUACUUUGUACAACGUGCAUACAAUAAUGUUAUGUUUUUUUUUUUUUGAGCCUAGAUCGGGAAGAGGAACUGCACAUGUCUGCAUAAAUAUUAUACCCCUGAGGAGCAUACUGUAGCGGCACAAUAAAGUUUCUCAACAGCGACCAGCACCGCAAAAGCCGGCACCAGCAAGUGCUAUGUGUUGUGACCUGUUUCCUGCAUUUGUGGCACUUUUUUUUUGUAGUGUUUUCUGAGCGUUUUUUUUUCUUUCAUAUUUCGGUCUUCACGUUGCAGUUACUACAAUUAUGAGCACGGUGCUCGGAAAAUACUCACACCUGGUUUCUUGUGAUAGCUCCAAGCUUUGUAGCAAAGAGAGAGAGAGAGAAAAAAAAAACUGUACUAAAGUUAAUCGCCAGUUUUUUUAUAUAUUAUUAUUUCUCCAAAUGUACUUUAUUUAUCAGUACUUGUAGCUAGGCUCGUCGCAAGUGCCUUCAUUUCGAGGCUGCUUGAAGAGCAUCUCCUUUUUAGCUCGUCCCCAUUAUUUGUAUUUUCCCUUUGGAGGUUAAAUGCAUCGACGUACCGCAGAGAUUUCACAUUUUGCAUCUCAGAUGUGUGCUUUUACGCGGGAGUGCACCCAACGCAUGUUGUACUUGUAGCCUCAUCUGCUUCUCUCUUGUGUACCUGCAACAUUGCCUCAUCCAUGUGUUGCAAUUCGGAAGUCACCUUUAGGUUGAUGGUUUUACUUUAGUUGCUGAGUAUAUUUAUAAUAAAACAUAUUAUUUCACCAUGUA